UUGUAAUAUUUCAUAUUAUGUGCUCAUACUUGUAAAAGAAGGGAAAAAAGAUAUGGAACAUGCAAAUGCUAUUGUCUUAGAGCCUAAAGCUAAGAAGCACUUUGUGCUUGUUCAUUCAGCAUGCCAUGGAGCCUGGUGCUGGUACAAGAUUGUGUCAUUGAUGAGAUCUUCAGGGCAUAAUGUCACAGCUCUUGACUUGGGUGCUUCAGGGAUCAACCCGAAACAGGCCCUCGAAAUCCCACAUUUUUCUGAUUACUUGAGUCCGCUAAUGGAGUUCAUGACUUCACUUCCUGCUGAUGAAAAAGUAGUUGUUGUAGGCCAUAGCCUUGGUGGACUCGCCAUUUCUAAAGCCAUGGAAACCUUUCCAGAAAAGAUUUCAGUUGCUGUAUUUCUCAGUGGUCUAAUGCCUGGUCCAAGUAUCAACGCAUCCACUGUCUACACUGAGGCACUCAAUGCAAUAAUACAUCAACUUGAUAAUCGCGUUACAUAUGGCGAUGGACCUACGAAUCCUCCAACCACUCUCAUUCUAGGUCCCAAGUUCUUGGCUGCUAGUGUUUACCAUCUGAGCUCAAUUAUGGAUUUGGCGUUGGCCACUACACUAGUAAGGCCAUUUUAUUUAUACCGUGUGGAAGAUGUUACUAAGGAGAUAGUUCUUUCAAGGGAAAGGUAUGGAUCAGUUAGACGAGUGUUCAUUGUAAUUGCUGAAAAUAAAAGUCUGAAAAAAGACUUCCAACAAUUGUUGAUCGAAAAGAAUCCACCUGAUGAAGUGGAAGAGAUCGAUGGCACUGACCACAUGCCCAUGAUGUCUAAGCCCCAAGAACUUUUUACCACUCUUCUGGGCAUUGCCAACAAGUAUACCUAAUUAGAGCUGUUGAUGAUGAAGAAUAAGGGGUCAUUUGUAAGGCUGAGAACAGAACUUCAGUCAAUUAACAUAUAUGUGAUGCAUUUUAUAUGGCCAUCUUAGUUUUUUCAUGGGAAUUCUAAAACCUUGCUAGUUAAUUUGAUAUUUCAAUCAUUUUCUUUUGAUUGUUAAUUUCUUUCAUUGUAAUUUCAGUGUUUGGCUCCAUCAAUAAACAGCCUCUAUUUCCUGAAA